CUUUAUCAACAAAGUAACACUUUUUUUUUUAUUUUCUAAAAGUCUCACCCAUCCAACAAACAAACCAAGUAAGGCAUAUCCUUUUCUCAAACCAUUUUGUCUAAAUUUUGGACCAUAUAAAAAGUUGCAACCUUGAUUUCUUAUUACUUUUUUAAUAAUUCAAAUUAUCAUUUAUGAAAUUUAGAAAUUCCUUACUUUUUAUGUAGAGAGGGGACAUUGAUUUAUACUUCUUUAAUUGCUUUUUUUAGUUAGAGGUUUGAAUCAAUCAAAAUUGACUUGUCUACAAACUUUUGGCCCCAUUUAAAUCAUCUUUUGUUCUGUCCUUUUUCUCUCAUCUAAAAUCCUUUCCUUGAGAGAGUUUUUGGCAAUUUCAGUUUUAUUUUAUGGUUUUGAUUUCUCAUUUUCCUCAAUUGAAUGAAAUGGCAGUUGAAUUUUGCUCAGAAAAUUGUGUGGUUUCUUCUUCUGUUGUGAGUCCAAGAAUUUCAUUCUCACAGGACUUUUCACAAACAGAUGUCAUACCUGUUGAGCAACAACCCUUUAGAUCAAAUUCAUCUGGGUUGAAUUCAAAUAUUGAUUUUGAUUUCUGUGUGAGUGAAACUCUUGACCUUGAUUCAUCUUCAGCAGAAGAGCUUUUCUCAGAUGGUAGAAUUCUUCCAACUGAAAUCAAGAAAAAGAAUAUUGUUCCUUUGAAACAAACAACUCAAUCAUCACCACCACAAAACCCUCCAUUGCAUACUUCACAUUCAAGUUCUAACACUGAUUCCAAUGGUAAAAACAUUGGAAAAGAAAGCUACAAAGAAAGCAAGAAUUUGAAUGAUGAAGUGUGUGAAAAACAAAGUUCUUCAAAGUCAUUUUGGAGCUUCAAAAGAAGUAGUAGUUGUGGAAGUGGAUAUGGAAGAAGUUUGUGUCCUUUGCCACUUUUAUCUAGAAGCAAUUCAACUGGAUCUUCUAACUCAAGUGGUAACAAGAGGAAUUCGUUGUCAAAAGAGGGUGGUACUAUUAGUGUUAAACCAAAUUCACAGAAACAUUCUUCAACAACAAGGUUUUCUAACUCCUCUGGCUCAAACAGUUAUCUAAAACCUCCAUUGAAUAAGAGUCAUGGAUCUCAUAGAGUUAAUCCUGUUCUUAAUGUUCCUCCUGCAAACCUUUUUGGUUUGAGUUCAAUCUUCUCCAACAAUAGAGACAAAACCAGGAAAAAAUAGCAUUAUUUUGUAUUACUAUUUUACUUGCACAUCAAUGGAUUUGGAUUUUAGUGAAUUCAAGGUUCUAUAUCAAAUCAAUGAUAAAUAUUAUUUAAUGAUAAGUUAACGAAGGUGUAAUGUGAGUCGAUUAUUUCUUAUUAAUGGUUAAGAUUGACUAAUGUGGGUUAGCAUGCUUUUUUUACCUUAGUGGUUAGAAAAAUUGUGAUUUGUAUUACUUGUAGUCAGCAACUCACGCAUUUAAAUGUUUAGUCACCGACUCGAUAAUUGUUUGAUUGAAAUCGAACAGUUCAGAUUUAAAUUUCUCAAAAAUUAAAAAACUAUACUUGAAAUCUGAACCAUUCAAUUUUGAUUUAAUGGUCGCAAUGUGAUGAUUGUGUGAAUGUAUGGAUUGUCUGAGUGCAUGCAAUCUAUUUCCGAAAAAUAGAGAUAUAGGUUAAAUUUUUGAAAGGUGAGUGGUUUGCAUCAAGAAGACAAGGUGAUAAAGAGAGAUGCGUGAAGGUGAUAGACAAGAAUGGCAUAAUGUAGGAUUGAAGGCACAUGUUUUGGGGGCACACAAUGACAUGUAGCUGUUGUUUUCAUGGCGGUCCCUUGCUUGUGUUUGGUUUUUCUGCUUUUGUUAUUUGGACUACGUACGCGUAAAUAUAUUGAUUUUUUUAUUA